AUGUCGCGCAAAGACGACAGGGCUUAUGCCACGGACGAUGAAGAAACCAAACGCCCCCCAGUCAUGAACUCUACCGAAGGCAUGACCAGCACCAAGAAACCUAAGCCUAACAAAGUCGCCGUGUCAACGUCCAACUCUUGGAAAAACAAUGCCAACCAGAACAAGUGCAAGUGCAAGAAGACUCCGGUUGUUACAACCAAGAAGAUCCCACCAAAGCCAUUGCCAAAGGAAGAGUCUGAUGAUGAAGUUGAGAUUGUGGCUCCUCCGGCUGGCUACAAGCCCGUCCUCUCUGAUUGCAAGGACCCCAAGAAGGCCUCACAAGUGCAGCAGGCUUUGCUUGAAUCGGACACGGACUCGGAUGACAGCUUGUUUGCUACAAAGGAAUCUGCAGCCGUUUUCAAUGCCCCUCCGACAGGACGUCAUCGCAGAACAUCAGCCAAAGCAGAAGAAAUUCGCAAGAACACUCAGAUUGCCAUUCCAGGAACAUCUUGGAGGAAAAUGAUGGAUGCACACACCAAUACAACAAUGGGACUUUCGGACGUUCGAUCCAAAGUCACUUCUGUGGGAAAACUCACAACAAAGGUUGUUUCCGAGAUGAAGAACCUACAAGACAUUCUACGCACUCUACCAAAGGAAGCUUCUAAGUCAGUUAUUGACGGACUAUCUAGGGCAUGGAGGGACCUUGGUGAAGGAUUGCGUACAGUCACCAUGUCAUUGGAUGUCAAGAUGGAUGGUGUUGAAUCGCGUUUGAUGAGCAAGCUGGAAGAGGCCACAAGCUCUGUAGUCGCAGCUGAGUCGCGUAUCAUGACAAAGCUCAAGGAUUCCACCACGGACUUGAAGCGCCACACUACACAGAAGUGUGCUGUGUCCAGUGACUCCUCCUCCAAGAGCUCUAGCAGUGGUGGGUGGCGUGACAACCACAGUCUUCCUACUAACGCUGGCUCCAACACUUCCACUGAGGUCAUCUUGGAGCGAUUGGAAGCCCAAGAUGGAAUCCUCAACCACAUGGAUGGACAAAUUGACUGGCUGUUGGAGAUGGUCCAGGGGCUCCAAGCCAAAUGCCCGGAUCAUUCUGGACUUCCCAAGAAAGCCAACCCACUCAGCACUGUCGCUACUGAAAGCUCCGACGGCACAGGAACCUACACCAGAAAUCAGCGUAGAAACUCCACUGGAAGCAACCAAGGCAGAGCAGCCUCUACUGGAGGCUCCAACACACGUUAUGUCAGCAUGACAGUAAACCAGUACUCAAAGAGUGUGCCGAACGCCAGCAACACCACACCUAUGAAUCAUGGUCGCCCUGUCAAUGGCCCAGCUACCGCUCCACCACGUCCGACUGUUCAAUUCAAGAAUGUGGCAGAGGCUGUCCCCAUGCCCUUUUCCCAAGUUCAACAGUUCCGGCAGGGAAGACGAGUUGCAGAGAAGACCAGCACCAUUCCACCACCCGGCCCUUUCCAGGAUCCUGAAAAAAGUGAGGUCCAGAACUGGAGCUCGCAAAAGGAGAACAGCCCCCCGACUUACAGGGCUGAUGUCUGA